AGCGCUCGUUAAACAACUCGUCUCUGACCGGUACUGUUCGGGUAGGUCUACGUGGUGAGGAGUGGGACCCCUGUCGUGCACCAACACCACGAUGGAUGACUAUCCGAUGUAUGGGCUACUUGUUGGGUUCUCCCUCUGGGGGACCCUCUGGCGUCUCCUCUUCCCUCUGGGCUUCUCGCCCACUGUUGCGUGUAGGGUAGGGCCCACUCGGGGUGGUACUUCCACCAACCCUUACACGAAGGAGGAGGAGGAGGAGAUGGCCGCCAUUUUGCAGGAGAAGAAGGAGAAGAAGGAGGCCAAGAAGAAGGCCUUGAAGGAGGAGCAGGCGGCCAAAUUGAAGAAGAUAGAAGAAGAGAUGGCCAGGGAAAAGGAGAGRAUAAAGAAGGAAGAGGAAGAGAAGUUGAAAGAGGUAGAAGAGGAGGAGGAAGAUGAAACACCAUUGCAGAGGAAGAGGGUGCAGUACAGUGGUAGUAGGGAUGAAGAGAUGGAGAAGCGAAUCUCCGAGUGGGUAGCCAACUUGUCCCUGGGCGAAGAAGAAGAGGUGGCGAUGUACAUCUCCAAGGAUAACCAAGAAGCCGCUAUGAGGGCCUGGGAAGCAGAAAAGGAUGUUGUGAAGCGGCAGGCAUUGGAAGACGAAAAGAGGAUGGAGUGGAAGUUGGCAGUGAUGAGGGAGGAGAAGAGGAGAGUGGACGCGGCAGCGGAGGCGGCAGAAGAAUUAGAGGAAGUAAAGAAUAUAGAAGAGCAACUGGCCGCCCAGACCGAACUCCCAGCUCAARUGCGAGUCAUAGCCYGAAAYGUUGCACGCCUGGCACGAAUUCAGGCRGAGCAAUAUGAUUUUAGUAGGAGUCMACACAUAGYUGURCGUUYCAUAAAGUUGGGGUUUCGGGACUUUGCGYGUGAGCUGGUAGGCGCUAUAGGGACCGAGGUGGGCCACCGCCUCGACAAGACUGAGCGGUUCUGUGUCGGCGCCAUUGAGGGCGUCAAAGCGGCAGCUCCCAAGGAGGAGGAAGCACGUCCUCCUCGUCGGGAACGGGUCAAAGUUAAAUUCCCUGAUUCCUACAGUGGAAAAAGGGAAGAGAACUUCGACAAUUGGGAGGCCAAUGUCAAGACCUAUGUGCAUCUGCAACAGGUCUCCCCGGAUCGGCAGGUUCUGAUUGCGAUUCACGCGCUCAGAGAUGAAGCCGCCAGCUUUGCAAGGUCCCUAGUUCGCGCUGCCAAUUGCAGCGAUGAUCCUGUUGCGUACUCCUCGUUCAGUUCCCUCACUGAGUUCUUGAAGCUGUUGCGCGAGAGGUUCGCUGAUGUCGCCCGUAGCGUUAAAGCCUCAGACAGGCUGCAGAUGAUCCAGGCUCGUAAGUGGAAGAGCGCCAGGGCACUUAAGAGUACAAUGGACGAACUGGUAGUUGUCCUUGACCACGGGGUUACAGACACCCAGUUGGUUGGCCUCUUUUAUCAGGCUAUACCCGAAGCCCUYCGAGGGCAUUUCUUCGCAAAGAGCGAAGACCCUGCCACUACAUACGAUUCCCUUAGUCGUGAAGUAGUGGCUUUUGAAGCCAAGUCUGCGUCUAUGUCCACUUUCUGGCACAAGGACUUGGACAAGGGUAAGCAAUGGAAGGGCCGCACUAUCUCAGGRCAAGUAAAGACCAAGGACAGCCUUGUCCUGACCUUAGAUGAGGGUAGUGUGGAUGAGAUCCCCUACGAUCAGAUUGAGUGGGGGUUAGAGGAGGAUGACAGCGGUGUGGGCCAGGGGAGAUCUUACGCUGCUGUCGCGCUGGAGGGAGGCUGCAAGGAGGAAGAGGCCAAGGCCAAGGGGGACGGGCCUCAGGGAGCCGAUUUCAGGGCGAUCAGGGGGUUGGCGUCAAAGGAGGAAACCGCCAAGUGGGAGUCAGGGGUCAAGGCGUAUUUKCGCCUAGAGAARGAUGGGAAAGUGGAAARGGUCCUCCACUCCCURACUCUCCUCGUAGAAGACAGCCUCCCAUUYGAYAUUGUYCUGGGAAUGGAUUGGGGAGAGGCAGYCGGRGCCACGCUCCAUUUGAAGGARCACGAGUGUAGGCUCCCUAGUUUGUCAGGCGAGGCUAAAACUACCCGCCUGUUUCAUGCGUCAGGGGUAGAGAAUUCCUUGGCGCACUGCUGCCUUAGUGCCCCCGCGUUCGCCAGAUUAGUGAAAAAGGAGAAACUAGAGGAACAGGUUUUUGUUGCCUAUGUUAGGCCAGUGAUUGAGUCUACGGAAGAAAAGCCUGUGGACCCUGCGAUUGCCAAGCUGUUGGAAGAGUUCAAGGAUGUAACCGAGCCGCCGAUAGGAGUAGUACCACGGCCCAUCCAGCACCGCAUUGAGAUAGAGCCUGGCAGUAGAACUCCUAAGUGCGCUGUCUCCUUGAUGUCCUUACGGGAGUUAGAGGAGCUUCGCAAGCAAUUAGACGAGCUCCUCGAGAAGGGUUGGAUUAGGCCUAGUUCGUCUCCUUUCGGAGCGCCGGUUCUCUUUGUUCCUAAGAAAGAGAGAGAGUUGAGAAUGUGCAUAGACUAUAGGGGUCUGAAUGCUAUUACAGUAAAGAAUGCUGAGCCACUGCCUAGAAUAGACGAUCUCUUAGAUCGAGUGCAGGGGGCGAAGUAUUUUUCUAAGAUAGAUUUGAAGUCCGGAUAUCAUCAGAUAGAGGUGCAUCCUGAUGAUCAGUAUAAGACAGCCUUCCGGACUAGGUAUGGGCAUUACAAGUUCAUAGUGAUGCCCUUUGGACUAACCAAUGCGCCAGCUACAUUCCAGCGCUGUAUGAACGAUUUGUUUAGGCCGUGGCUAGACAGAUUUGUUGUAGUUUAUCUAGAUGACAUUCUAGUGUUUAGUAAGACCCUCGAAGAGCAUCAGGGUCAUCUCAGGCAGGUCUUGGAGAAGUUGAGGGAAGCUAACUUCAAGAUCAAUGCGAAGAAGUGCGAUUGGGCGAAGACCCAAGUUUUGUAUCUAGGCCACGUCUUAGAUGGAGAUGGCGUUAAGCCAGAGGAUAGCAAGAUCGCAGCGAUUAGAGAUUGGCCCACGCCACGUACGCUGACAGAGUUGCGCUCGUUCCUGGGCUUAGCGAAUUACUACAGGAAGUUCGUGAGGAACUUCUCCACCAUCGCUGCGCCCCUUCGCAGAUUGCUGAGAAAGGAGACAAUCUGGAAGUGGGACAAGGACUGCACGUCUGCMAUGAAGAAGCUAAAACAGGCAUUGAUAGAGUAUCCAGUCCUURAAGUCGCCGAUCCAYCCCURCCUUUUGUCGUCACGRCCGAUGCGAGUCAAUACGGCAUAGGYGCGGUGUUACARCAAGACGAUGGCAAUGGGUAUAGACCCGUAGAGUUCAUGUCUGCUAGGAUGCCUUCAGAGAAGGUCGCGACAUCCACUUAUGAGAGGGAACUCUACGCUCUCAGGCAAGCAUUAGACCACUGGAAGCAUUACUUGCUUGGGAGGCACUUCAAAGUCUAUUAUGACCAUGAAACGUUACGAUGGUUAAAGACGCAGGCCAAGAUGACACCUAAGCUUACUAGGUGGGCCGCAGAGAUAGAUCAGUACGACUUUGAGCUCAAGCUUGUCAAAGGGAAGUAUAAUGUAGUUGCGGACGCUCUGAGUAGAAGAGCUGAUUACUUCGGGGCAAUAGUGCACUACCUCGAUAUAGGGAAAAAUCUGCAGCAGAAGGUUAGAGAAGCAUACGCGCAGGACUCUAUCUAUAGUGAGCUCCUUAGGAAAGUCAAGGAAGCCCCGAAGACUGAGCCGAAUUAUCGCACUACUGAAGGGUUGCUUUUUGAGAAGACUAAUGUGUUUGACCGCCUAUGCAUCCCCAAUAGCGAAGAGAUUCGUAGUCUGAUUUUGGGUGAAUGCCACGACACAGAGGGUCAUUUUGGUUGGCAAAAGACUUUAGCCAAUCUAACGCGCGCGUAUACCUGGCCAGGGAUGAAGAGUGACUGCGUAGAGUAUGUUCGCAGUUGUAAGAUUUGCCAGCGUAACAAGAGUUCUACGCGCGCCCCGCUAGGUCUUCUCAGACCCUUGCCCAUCCCGGACCAGCCGGGGGACUCGGUGUCCAUCGACUUCAUGGACACUCAAGUCAAGGGCAGGCAUGGCAAGAGCCAAGUCAUGGUUAUAGUUGACCGAUUUAGUAAAUACGCAAUUUUUGUUCCUUUGCCUUCGGAGGCACGUACCGAUUUAGUCAUACAGAGAUUCUUUGACGGUUGGGUUAGUGAGAAUGGAAUCCCGCUGUCGAUAGUUAGCGAUAGAGAUAGUCGCUUCACCAGCCAGAACUGGCAAGAACUCAUGGGAGUAUAUGGRUCYAAGUUGUUGAUGUCGUCCGGCCGUCAUCCAGAGACUAACGGUCAGACAGAGCAAAUGAACAAGAUCCUGCAGCAAGUUCUGCGCAUGUAUAUUAGACCAGAUCAGAUUAACUGGGAUGAGAUGUUGCCCAAAGUAGCUAGUGCGUACAAUAAUAGUGUGCAUUUGUCUACAUGCCGCACUCCCAACGAACUGCACAAGUCCUUUAGACCGCGCCGACCGUUUGAGGGACUCAACCGGGAUCAGAUUCAGAGAUUGCUGCCCGGGACCAGGGAGUUUGCUGUGCAGCACGAGAAAGAACUAGCUACUGUUGUAGAGAACCUCAAGAAAGCCCAGCAUAGAAUGAUAGAGCAAGCGAACAAACAUCGUCGCCCUUCACAGUUUAAAGUAGGCGACUUAGUCYGRGUCARUUCUAAAGAGUUUGCGCCUGAGGAGAACAUCUCGCAGAAGUUACUGCCCACAUAUAGAGGACCGUGGCCUGUUCUGGAAGUCAAGGGCGGCGAAGAUGGACCGUCCUACACCAUAGAGUUACCAGCACACCUCCAAACUUACCCAGUUUUCCAUUCAUCGAAGUUACUACCGUGUCAAACAAGUGAUCAGUUUCCAUCCCGUAGAUCGAUGAUCCCACCAGAUAUGGAUGGAAGAUAUGACAUAGAUGGUAUAGUGGCUGAAGAUGUCUUCAGAACUGGAGGUAGGGGUCGUCCGCAGAAACAGGAUAAGGUUCAUUUUAGUUAUCAGGAACCGGAAGACGACCGCUGGUUUACAAGAUCGGAACUUCUAGAGACAGCUCCCGAUAUAGUCCGGGCCUACGAGAGACAGCAGAAGGGUAAAGGUCCUGCCUUGGACUGAAAUUUUCUCGGAGGACCUCGAAUUUAGGCCGGCGGGAGUGAAACGGUAUUCACCAGUUCGCAGU